CUUCAAAAGUCUGCAGUCAUUCAUCGUCUUCCCGUCGAUAACCAUCAGCACAGCAAAGCAAAGCAAAGCAAAGCAAAGCAAAGCUUGCUUCUUUCCCGUUUCAUUCAUUCAUUCGCCGGCAUCUUUCAUUCUCCUUAGCGAAGAUAAUCAAUAUUCAAUGGCUCCUGAACCCGAAGAUGAGAUCAAGGACGAGAAGAACCCUAGACCACUCGACGAGGAUGAUAUCGCUCUUCUCAAGACCUAUGGAUUGGGACCUUAUUCUUCAAGCAUAAAGAAAGCAGAGAAGGAAAUUAAGGAAAUGGCUAAGAAAGUGAAUGAUCUGUGUGGUAUCAAGGAGUCUGACACAGGCUUGGCUGCACCUAGUCAAUGGGACCUUGUUUCUGAUAAGCAAAUGAUGCAAGAAGAGCAACCUCUCCAGGUUGCAAGGUGCACAAAAAUAAUAAACCCCAACACUGAAGAUGCUAAAUAUGUCAUAAAUGUUAAGCAGAUUGCUAAGUUUGUUGUUGGAUUAGGUGAUAAAGUUUCCCCAACUGAUAUUGAAGAAGGGAUGCGUGUUGGAGUUGAUCGCAAUAAGUAUCAGAUUCAGAUUCCUUUGCCUCCAAAGAUUGACCCUAGUGUAACCAUGAUGACAGUGGAGGAAAAACCAGAUGUCACAUACAAUGAUGUUGGUGGAUGCAAAGAGCAGAUUGAAAAAAUGAGAGAGGUUGUUGAAUUGCCUAUGCUUCAUCCUGAGAAGUUUGUGAAACUUGGAAUUGACCCUCCUAAAGGAGUGCUGUGCUAUGGUCCCCCUGGUACUGGUAAAACACUUUUAGCCAGGGCUGUGGCAAACAGGACAGAUGCUUGUUUCAUCCGUGUUAUUGGGAGUGAGCUUGUCCAGAAAUAUGUUGGUGAGGGUGCUCGAAUGGUUCGUGAACUGUUUCAGAUGGCGCGUUCCAAAAAGGCAUGUAUUGUAUUUUUUGAUGAGGUAGAUGCUAUUGGAGGUGCCCGGUUUGACGAUGGUGCUGGUGGGGACAAUGAGGUCCAAAGAACAAUGCUUGAAAUUGUCAACCAACUUGAUGGGUUUGAUGCUCGUGGAAAUAUUAAAGUUCUGAUGGCAACAAACAGACCUGAUACAUUGGACCCAGCUCUACUACGUCCUGGGCGUCUAGAUCGUAAAGUUGAGUUUGGUCUUCCAGAUAUGGAGAGUAGAACACAAAUAUUUAAGAUCCAUACGCGAACUAUGAAUUGUGAAAGGGACAUACGCUUUGAGCUCUUGGCCCGACUCUGCCCCAAUUCUACUGGAGCCGAUAUCAGGAGUGUGUGUACGGAGGCUGGAAUGUAUGCGAUUAGAGCGAGGAGGAAGACUGUAACCGAGAAGGACUUCUUGGAUGCCGUGAACAAAGUCAUCAAGGGUUAUCAGAAAUUCAGUGCCACUCCCAAGUACAUGGUCUACAAUUGAUCGUGUUACAUUUAUUGUUUUUUUACUUAAUUCAGUCCCGAGUCUAAGAUGUUUGUUUAUUACCCCCAUUUGGUUAUGAUGGCGGUUGUUGGUUCUUUCGAUUGAGGAAAAGAAUUGUACCGAGUUACUUGAGAUGUUAAACAGCUUUAAGAUUCGGGUUGUUUAUUGGUGAUUGGUUGGUGUUUUCAAUUAACUAGGCAGUAGUUUUCCCAAGUUUAUAGGAUUGAUUCGAAAACACUAAUGUACCGGGAUCUGGAUAUGAUUAAGAAUCGCCAAUGAAUUUAUGGUCUUUUUUCA